AUGGAAGAUCCUUCAGAAGAAUUACCCUCACAAGUAAUAUACGCUGCCUUCGGAAGGAAGGAGGGGGAAUGUCAGGAAGGUCGUGGGAGUAAGGACUGUAAGAAGGAUGUAAUAGAAGGUGUAGGAGGGGCAUUAGGUGUGUGGAACAGGGAUUUAUGGCUGCAUGAUAGGGAAUUGGCCACUGCAAUUGUGAGAAGCUACUAUUCCGCACGCAUAGUGCAAGCACAAUCAGAGGGUUAUUAUAAACCUUGUCAUUUCUUUUAUUAUUGGCUAGGUGAUAGAAUAAGGGGGAAUCUAAACAGGAACCCACCAGUUAGUACACUCAUGAAUUCAAUUUACAGUAAACUGAAGAAUUUCCCAUGUGGGAGUGAGUGCAAGAGGGAGUGUACACACUUGUACAAGGAUAAUGAUAGCUGGGAAAUUUUCACCAAGGGAAAAAAAGUAUUCGAUUAUUAUUAUGACUAUGACUACUUACAAAGACAUUCUGAGAAUGAAGCAUGCUCCCGUAUUUCGAAUUAUGACCAAUACCGGGAGGUAGCUCAAACAGCAUAUACACAGUUAUGUAAUUAUUGUAAGACUAAUAGCAAUGACUAUUGUAGAGAUUUCGAAGGGAAAUAUAUGCAGGGGGGGAAGUGCAAGAAUACGGAAUUGCCAAAAUUAGAGUGUUCCUCAUCGUCUCAAUUAGAGCCUGAAGACGAGGAAGAUGAUGAUGAAUCAUGCUCAGGGGACAAAGCUCCUUGUCCAUCAAAACCAACAAAGGCACCAAAAAAAGCAACCACUAUCCAACUAACGAAAGCACAUUUGGAAAGAUUGAACUCAUAUUUGCAGUAUUAUAAAAAGUUUAAGGACAGUAAGGGUUAUUGCAACUAUUCUUGCUUCCCCAGAGUAAAAAUAAGGGACGCAAUCAAAACAUAUUUCGAAGAGCAGAAAUAUGCAACGGUAGUUGCAAAUGCAUUAUGUUAUGUUUCUACAAAAAUAGGGAUGGAGAAGGAACCUCGCGACCCAUUCUGCAACUUCCUCUAUUAUUGGUUAGGGCAUUUAUUAUAUAAAAAAUUAACAAAUUCUACUAUUUCAUUUUCCACUGUUAUAGAAGCAAUUAAAAAAGAAUUAAAUAAAAUUCCUCAGAAUCAUAAAUGUGAAUUGCAAUUUAGUAACCUCAGCGAAGCCAACGACUUCACCACUCUCAACUAUAAACAAAUAGUCUAUGAAUAUUUCAUAGACCGCGCUAAGAUAGAACAAAAUUUUAGUAGGGCAGCUCCCAAACCUGCUUCUACACCUUCCUGCACUAAAAAAUAUAAAGCUCACUUAGAAAACAUUACUAAAGCAUGUUCCACUGUAACUUCGUACUGCAAGGGGGAUGGUAAAACAAAGGAUCCUUCAUACUGUAAUGAAUUCGAUACAAACUAUAAAAGUUUCUGUGAAGAGGAAGGAAUGUCAAAAUUGCAAUCAGUUAAGGAACUAACUGAUGACCAAACUACGGGGUGUACUGAAGAGUUGAGUGGGGAGGCGACCACCCUUGGAAACAACACCUCCACUACUACCGCUAUUUCUUCCAUAUUGGGAGUAGCAGGAGUUGGAGUACCUGCUAUUGCUGCCUUUCUAUAUAAGUAUAAACCCUGGUAUUCUUGGUUUGGUAACAACACUUCUGGAAAUGGAAGAGGAAGGAGCAACACAAGAAAGAGAAGGUCCAGCACACAUAACUUUCGUUCGUCCACAGAAGACACCUUAACAACAUAUUCCACAGAAAAUUCAACAAUAGGUCCCACAGAAAGUUCUACAAUAGAUGGAAUAGUACCUUCUACUCCAUACACAAGACAGCCUAACAGGGGAGGAAAAACAAAUAAUAGUACGGCGGGUCGCGGGAUGGUAGGUUAUCAAAACAUGUAA